UGACGUCAUCUCUAUGCGCAGGAACGUCUUCACACGUGUUUCCGAACGUCUCCGGUGUUUUCAUCUCACGGAGGGACUGAUUUCUUCGAUCAAAUAGCGACGUUUCCUCAACACCACACUUUGUAAAGCUGUCGGGUUUGUAGAAUUGAACACGAUGGCGCAGAGGAAGAAGAAGUUGAUAAAGAGGAAGAAGAGCUCGGCGCAAAGAGAUCAUGAGCUCCAGUCUGACGAUGAAGAGUUUGAAGUGGCUGCAGGAAUCAAAGAUGAUCAUGACACACCCAGCAGAAGACUUCCUCGAUUCCCGGCCUCGUCCGAGUGUGUUUCUGAUGUGGAGCUCGACACCAGAGAGCUUGUCCGAGCCCAGAACAAGAAGAAGAAGAAGUCUGGAGGCUUUCAGUCCAUGGGUCUCAGUUAUCCAGUGUAUAAAGGCGUCAUGAAGAAGGGCUAUAAAGUUCCCACACCCAUCCAGAGGAAGACUAUCCCCUUAAUUCUGGACGGGAAGGAUGUGGUGGCCAUGGCCCGGACGGGCAGCGGGAAAACAGCUGCCUUCCUUGUCCCAAUGUUUGAGAAGCUAAAGGCUCCGCAGGCGCAGACAGGUGCCCGGGCUCUGGUCCUCACGCCCACCCGAGAGCUUGCCCUGCAAACCAUGAAGUUCACCAAAGAGCUGGGGAAGUUCACUGGCCUGAAAACUGCACUCGUUCUCGGUGGAGACAGCAUGUACGAACAGUUUGCUGCUCUUCACGAGAAUCCAGACAUCAUCAUCGGUACUCCUGGCCGUCUGAUGCAUGUCAUCAAAGAGAUGAACCUGAAGCUGCGGGCCGUGGAGUAUGUGGUGUUUGAUGAAGCUGACAGGCUGUUUGAAAUGGGUUUUGCAGAGCAGCUCCAGGAAAUCAUCAGACGUCUUCCAGAUACUCGGCAGACUCUGCUGUUCUCCGCCACACUGCCCAAAAUGAUUGUGGAGUUUGCCAGAGCUGGCCUCACAGAGCCUGUUCUCAUUCGUCUGGAUGUGGAUACAAAACUGAGUGACCAGCUGAAGCUUUCAUUUUUCCACCUGCGGUUGGAUGAUAAACCAGCCCUUCUGUUGCAUCUGCUGAGAAACGUGGUGAAGCCGCAGGAACAGACUGUGGUGUUUGUAGCCACCAAACAUCAUGUGGAGUAUCUCAAAGAGCUCUUAACAGUCGAGGGUGUUGAGUGCGCCUACAUCUACAGUGCUCUGGACCAGACGGCUCGCAAAAUCAACAUCGGACGCUUUGUCCACCGAAAGGCCAUGGUGCUGUUGGUCACAGAUGUGGCAGCCCGUGGCAUUGACAUCCCGCUUCUGGACAACGUCAUCAACUACAACUUCCCGUCAAAGGGCAAACUCUUCCUGCACAGAGUCGGUCGUGUGGCUCGUGCCGGCAGAGGAGGAACUGCCUUCAGUCUGGUGUGUCCCGAUGAAGUGCCUUACCUCUAUGACCUUCAUCUGUUCUUGGGUCGACCCAUUCAACUCGCCCUUCCUGAACACACACAAGAUGCUGAUGGCGUGUUCGGCCGCGUUCCUCAGAGCAUCCUGGAUGAUGAAGAGUCUCAGCUGAUAACAGCUCAUGAGAACUCGCUGGAUCUCCAGAAUCUCCAGCGCAUCUCAGAGAAUGCAUACAAGCAGUACCUAAAGUCUCGGCCAAACCCCUCGGCAGAGUCCAUCAAACGGGCAAAGAACACUGACCUCUCUUCGAUGGCUGUUCACCCUCUGCUGGGUUGUGGGCUGGAGCCGAUGGAGCUGGACCGGCUGCUGAUGGUGGACUCCAUCAAGGGCUACAAGUCUAAAUCUACUAUUUUUGAAAUCAACUCCAACAACAAAUCGAACGCCAGCGAGGUUAUGCGAGCCAAGCGUUCACGAGACGAUCGCUUAGUCGACAAGUUUUCUAAAGCGCGAGCGGAGCGGAUAGUCGAGUCCACAGCCCUCACCAUAAUCAGGACUGAACCGCAAAACAACGAGGAUGAGCAGGAGGACGACGAGCUUCAGACCGUGUUCUCAGAGGUGGUAGGAGGGAAAAGAAAAAAUCACGAUAAUGAAACAGACAGACCGAAGAGCAAAAAGAACAGAAAAUCUGGAAAAGAUGAGGAGUUUUACAUCCCGUACAGACCCAAAGACUUCAACUCAGAGCGCGGGCUCAGUCUAGGCAGUGAUGGUGGCGCUUUCGAGCAGCAGGCCUCUUCUGCAGUUCUGGACCUGAUGGGAGAUGAGAGCAACACUUUAAACCAGCACAAGAGCCUGAUGAAAUGGGAUCGCAAGAGGAAACGCUUUGUCCGUGACUCGGGCAAAGAGGACAAAAACAAGAAAAUCAAAACAGAAAGUGGACAGGUGGUCAGCGGCAACAAGAAAAAGAAAAGCUUUUAUGAAGAUUGGAAGAAGAAGUAUAAGAUCGAUGACAGAGCAUCAGACUCGGAUGGAGAAACUGGAGGAGCGAGGAGAUUUGGCGGUCGUAGAGGCAGAGGACAAGGAGGAGCUCAAUCACGCCCAGGCCAGCAGCAGAGCGACUCACGUGUGCGUUCUGAGCUGAAAAACCGCGACCAGAUCCUCAAGCAGCGCAAACGGAAAGCCAAACAGCAGUUUCUGCAGAGUGGUGGCAUGAAGAAACUCCGUUCCAAAGGAAGACAGCGGCUGCAGCAAGUGAUGAGAUCUGGCUUUGGUCGUGGCAGCUUUAAAAAAGGAAAGAUGAGGAAGAAACUUUAAGAGCCAAAUGAGGAGUCAUACAAACUAUCCCACUUUCCCAACACAGGCCUUCGACUUGUGGUGCAGAAAACAGGAUGGACAACAUUAUAUGUAUUGUACAUGCAAGAUCUGUAUGUUUAGAAUGAGUGAAAAGACUUCAUCUCUUUUACUGAAACUGCUGUUUCCUGCACAUGAAAUUCUCUUCAGCUGCUUUAAAGGGAUGUUUCUGCUUCACCUGAAGCUGUUGACGGUAGUAACGUGGGUGAAUGCAUAUUACCACAGAAAAUGAUUUUGGCAUUUCAAAAGUUUUUGUUUAAUAACUACAAAGACCAUAAGUUACAGUCAGACACUUACAUUGGAAGUAAAUGGGCCAGACAAUGCAUAUAGUGUCAACAGCAUUGCCACACAACUUUAUACGUGUUCACAUCAGACUGUUGUGAUAAAAAAUAUUUACUGAC